UUAACAGUUUGGUUCAACCUUAUUUCUUGAAGUUACUUCAACCGAUAGAUUUCUGUCAACGUGUGCGCUACACUAACAAAUUUAAUAGCUCGUCAUCCUUCGAUAGAUAUAUUUGAAAUAUCUAUGCAAUUUAUUUUGCCUUCUAUAGUACCAUUUAAGAUCUUUUCACAAAAAUUCCCGCUCACAGAGUUUUGAUCCAACCAGGUUGCUCGAAUCAAUUCACUUGGGAAAUAAGGCAUAAUUCCAUUUACUCGUCCUUGCGCUCUGUCUGUCCGUGCAUCAAAUGUCGAAGCCGAAGAAUUUGGGGGUUGGAAACAACUUCAAGCAGAUGGUUUGUAUUCCUGAACAGAGUGUAACAGCAGGAGCAGGAGCAGGAGCAGGAGCAAUUGUUGAUUACAAAGAGUCAGAAGGUCCAUCGCUAAAAGAGAAUGAAGCAGAAGACCUGGAAAUCAAGCUCAGACGCAUCAUUGAGAAUGUACCCCUAAGAGUCAACAACACUUCCGGCAGUUCUGCAGGUUCUGGCUCCGGUGAUUUUCAUCAGUACAGACAGAUGAGACGAAGAGAACAAGAUAGGCUUGCUCGUAUGGAUGCAGACUACGAGAAGAGGAAAGAAUUGGAAGAAUUUAAUGCAAGACGGGAAGAAAGGGUAAGAGCUGCAGAAGAGCGAACUGCAAAGAAAAGAGCAAAACGUCAGAAGAAAAAAGACAAGGGGAGACAGAAAAAGAAAAAAAUAGAUUCUUCAGUUUCAGGUCAACCAGAAAAUGUUCAGCCAGAUUCGGCUGAAGAAGACUCUUUUGAUUCUGAUUCUGCUGAUGAAGGCCAAAGGAGGCCUAUAGCAAAGGUUAAACAAGGAUACCAAGCAAAUCUGAGUUAAAUAUGCUUGGAUUCUGAUCCAACAAAAUUGUAUUUGUAAUAGAUCGGUGAUUACAAUGGCUAAAACUGAUAAUAAGGUUUGUGCUAUGUCAAACGUUUCCUUGAUUGUUGCUA